AUGGCGGACCAGCAUGAGAGCCCGACGAACCUGGAGGAUCUGACCCCGGAGGAGGCCAGUCGCAUCAUCCACUCGCAUCGUAAGGUGCGCUAUGGCACCGCCUGCUGGCCAUGUCGCCAGCGCAAGGUGAAGUGUGACAACAAGCAGCCCUGCGAGAACUGCGUCAAGCGCGAGCACCCGCAGCUGUGCUCGUACAAGCCCAACCGCUCCGGCAAGAACGGCUCCGUUGCCUCUGAGAGCACGGUGCACGGCAAGAAGAGAGCCCACUCACCCGACGACAUUGACACGCGAGAGAACAGCAACGAACCCAAGCCGGAGGCAAUCCGCGCAUUUGGUAAGCCGGCACCUUUGACUGCCGUGCAGCUGACUUUCUCACCGGGAGACACAGUCGAUUCCGAGCCCGCCGAGGUCUCGCGAUAUCUCGGCCAGAACAGCAUCCCCGCGCUGCUGAGGGAGCAAGCCUCUCCCAAUGGUCCCUCAGAGGGUGUCGAACACAUUCGCCAGGACAUGCGCUCUAUUCUAGGUCUCGAUAACUCGGCGCCUUUCCCGCUGAUGUCGCAGAGACAUUUGGAGAGGCUUACUCAUGACAUCUCGUCUGAGCUACCGUCCGACCGUGAGGUGAUGAAGCUCUUCCGCACAUACAAGGAAGUCCCGCAAUUAUUUUGGGGCUUCGUCAUCGAUAUCGGUGACCUCGAGAGUCGCUUGAUGAUCUAUCUGGAGGAACGUGCCAAAAAUGCUCGCUUGAACUCGGAUGCUAGGUCCUCAAAGCCAGUCUCGGCAUCAUGGCUCGCCAUCCUUUUCGCUGUCCUCGCCGUCGGAUCGCAGUAUCACGACUCACCUUAUCAUAUAAGGACCAAGGAUUGCCAGAAGUACAUCCAGAUCUCAUUCCACUUUCUUCGCGUCGGGAAUUUCCUGCUCCGACCCAAUUUCGACUCGAUCCAAGCCCUUUUAAUGACAAGCUUUGUACUUCUCAAUGAUAUGAAAGCAGAGGCCUCCGAUCCGGAAGCACAGAAGAAGGAUCUGGUUAGGAGGAAGCUCUGCUCACCCAUGACAAACAUUCCAUGUUGCCCCAUGCCCUUGUCACCAACAGCAGAAACCAUUGGCUGGGGAUACCUGGAGGCCAUGUACGUGCUCUGCGAGAUCAUCUCACAACGCCUCAACCCAGACGCACUGGCCAUGCAGACAUAUGCCCAGAUGUUACAUAAUUCUGAAGCCGUCGAGUCUAUUCGCGUGAAGGUGGUACCACAACUCCGCUCUAAGGAGGCCUGCAAAUCAGCGAUGGAUCGUCUACAGUACUUCGCCAUUCGAUUGCACACAUCUUUCGUCAUCUCUGUGUGUUGCCGUCCCGCCCUGCGCAAGGGCGAUGGCAACCAAUUAGACACGAAGCAGAGGCAGUAUCUUGCCGAUAAGUGCAAGGAGAACCUCACGGAGACCGUCCGCAUGUUCCUCGCCAUGCACCAGCUGUCCGUCAUCCCCACCAGAUCGUGGGCCUUCACAUAUCACGGCUUAUCAUCCGCGGUUCUCCUCGGUCUGCUUGAUGAGACGAAGACGGAUCCCGAGGUCCGGCAGCUGCAAGGGGAUCUCAUCUCGGCCCUCUCGGCCACCGCAGCCAAGGAACAGCCGUCGCCGGCCCCACAUAUUCAUAAGACGGACAAAGAUAUCGAGCUUUCUGGACCGCUAUCAAGAGCUCUCACGGCACUCAAGAACAUCUAUGAUCAUGGCAGCAUUGUGGGACCCCUAAAGCAAGAGAUUGAUGGGAAGCGAUCCGGGACGCGAACCCCGAUGAAUAUGGGACAACUGGCUGCUAUGGGCAUGAAUGGCCAAGAUACGCAGAAGAUUGCUUUCCGCAAUAAUAUGCAAACGCUCGAUCCCCACCAGGAUGCCGCCCUGGCAAUGGCUGAGAUGCAGAAUGGCAACGGACUGCAGGAUUUCUCUGGCAACAUGCCGUUCAUUCCCGAUGCGAACCAGCCAGGUCUACCAGUUCCCGACCUAGGCUCAAUCGAUCCGUCCACCUACAUCGAGCCUAUGGAUCUCUACGAUUCCAUUUUCUGGGAAUCUCCGGACCCUUGGAACACCGGCAUGGACUCCAUGAACUUCGACUUCCUGGCCCAACCACCCCCAGGCCAGCCACCACAGCAACAGUUCUACUUCUAA